AAAAGAAGAAAAAAAAAAAAGAACUUAUGUACAUUAGAGAUCAAUGCUCUAAAUUUACGUAAAUAAUAAUAAAUGGGUAUAUGAUAUAUAUUGGAUGUGGAUCAGCAUAUUUGCCCAAUGAGGAUUACUGAAGUUAUAGAAUAUUCAAAAGAACUUGUUGGUUGGAACCAAUAUCCAUGCUAUUCUAUAAGACAUAAAGAGAAUGAUGUAUCUUUUCGAAUAAUCCUAAUUGGACCAUUACUUACGAUUACGUAGAUGAUAAGGAAUAUAUAUAGUAUUGUAGAGAUUCUGUUUAAGAAGGCAAUAAAUUAUAUUUAUAAAAAAACAUAUAUAACGGCAAAGCUAAUAAAAUCAGCUUUAAGAAGAGGCUUUUAAAAAUAAUGUUAAUAUUCUCAGCUAAUAUUAUUAAAAAAAAUUGAAAGUUGAAUAAUACCAUACUAUAAACACUGUUUUUUUACAAUGAUACCUCUGUUUUUGGACUGUGGAGUGGCAUAUGUGUGGAAUUCUGAUGACUGGUAUGUGCUGCGUACAAAAUAUCGAAUAUGUGGUUCUCUAAUAGGCUCCCUGCCUUCUCAUCCAAGGCAAAAUGAGCUUCAAGGUCUACCAUUGGCUCUGAUGUCUGAAGAGACUUCAUUAUUGGUUAAUGAGGGUAUAUGUGAACUGUAUCAUUUACCUCACCUUCAUGAAUGUCCUUUAGAUGAGCUUAAGCAAGAAAUAGAUGAGAUAGACAGAAGGGUAUUGGAAGACCAAAAAGUGUGUUUGAAAAAGAAAAAAAUUGAACAGUUAACACAAAAAAUAGAUGUAAUAUUUGCUGGUAAGAAACAGAAGCUAUUAUCAAAGGGAAUAAUAGAUGUGGAUUUGGACAAGAAUGAGUUAUUACAACAGGAAAUCAACAAGAUUAGUGAUCCAUCUCCUGAACAUCUUCUUAUUCAUUUACCCACACAACAUCAUAUUGUAACAGAGAAAAGAAGAGCAAGUUUGGAUGCUUUGGUACCGAGUGUGUUAGAUGAUGUUGGUGUCAUUAAAUGUGCUGUAUUUAAGGAUUUAUGGAAAAAAGGAUAUUGUAUUACAAACGGAUCAAAGUUUGGCUCGGACUUGUUACUCUACCCAGGUGAUCCAGUCAAGUUCCACGCAGGCUACAUGGUGAGAUGUAUUAGUAACCAGACGUCGUUUUAUCCAAAGACUAUUGUUGCCUUUGGACGAUUAUCGGUCGCAGUCAAUAAGCUAGCCGUACUUGCAUUUUUCAAUAAUAUAAAUAAAAUAGAGUAUCAAACGAUACAAUGGCAUGACAGUGUUAAUGUUUAAUAUUUUUAUAAAAUUACGAGUGUAUCUUUGUAACAGCAUACUUACAUAUAUUUGUACAACACGACUUCGUUCCCCUUUCACCUCCUCGCGCUCGUCCUGUUGCGUCAGUACGGUUUGCAGUUUUAUUACCGUACAGGUACCUACAUGUGAUAUUUUUGUGCAAUCGCUGCACUGUUUUUGAAGUUUUCAUUGUUACGUUUUGACUUUUGUUGUUAAUAGUUCUAUAGUUUCUGUUAUUCAGUGUCGCUAUAAUAGUACUGUCAGAAAAAAAAAAUUUUUGUUUUGAACCCACGAUCUGGUCCAGAUCGCUGGAAUACGUUGGAUGAGGGCAGCAUCGUCAUGGUAAUCUUUGGGGGGAGAGCUUUGUCCAGCAAUGGACGUCUUCCGGCUGAUGAUGAAUCUCUUAUGACUACUGCAUCGUGAAAUGUUGCUGGUAUAGUACUGUUGGGUAAUAUCUGGUCCGACUCAAGUGUCAUGACAUGUACGCAGUACGCACCUGCAGCACACUAAGUGCGAUCUCAGACAACAACGUGGCACAGCAAUGACAAGUGCCACCGUAAUGCAUGCGUAAGCAUCAUAUUAGUCUGUGAGUGCCACAGUGGCAAGCGACAUUACUUUAAAGAAGUAAGGCUGAGAAUCAAUCAUGGCUGGUUAAAAUAAAAAGUAAAGAAUAAA